UUGGCUCAGCGGAAAGAUCGCUUCGAAGUCUCGACCGGUGCAUUCGCCCUUCAGCAUGGACCAGACUGAGAAAGCCUUCCAGAAGCAGGACGCCGUGUUCAUCGGCGCCAAGCGGCUGAUCGGCAAGAAGUCCAAGAAGGCGGUGCGGUAUUGGCGCAGCGUGGGCCUGGGCUUCGCAGUGCCGAAGGAGGCCAAGGAGGGGAACUUCGUGGACAAGAAGUGCCCCUUCACCGGGAAUGUGAGCAUCCGCGGGGCUGUGGUGAAGGGCAUGUGCGUCUCUACCAAGAUGAAGCGGACCAUCAUCAUCCGCCGCAACUACCUGCACUACAUCAAGAAGUUCAACCGAUUCGAGAAGCGUCACAGCAACAUGGCGGUGCACUGCAGCCCUGCCUUCGAGCCCAAGGAAGGAGACAUCAUCACGGCGGGGCAGUGCCGGCCCUUGGCGAAGACGGUGCGCUUCAACGUGGUGAAGGUGGACAAGAACCAGAUCUUCGGAUCUGCGCGAAAGCAGUUCGCCCUCUUCUGAGUACCCGACGACCGCAAAGCAAGUUUUGGGUGCGGAGAGGCUAGAUGGGAUCGAGAUCGAGGCGAA